UUCCCCAGCGCCUUUAAAAAUAGAGCUGCUACGGUUUACUAGAGCUAGCUCGAGUGCGCCCUGCUCCUUGCCCCUCUCCAUUGCUGUGCAAGCUUAGGCUCGCUCUAGAUCUCCGGUAGGCACUGAGGUGCAGAGGGUUUCCUGUGACAUCCGCAGUAAAGCGAAGGCUCCAACAAUGGCCGGGGUUGGGAGGAACAUGGUGGCGCCGCUGCUGGUGCUCAACCUCAUCAUGUACCUCGUCGUCAUCGGCUUCGCCAGCUGGAACCUCAACCACUUCAUCAACGGACAGACAAACUACCCGGGUGUGGCUGGCAACGGCGCGACGUUCUACUUCCUGAUGUUCGCCAUCCUUGCCGGCGUGGUCGGCGCCGCGUCCAAGCUCGCCGGCGUGCACCACGUCCGCUCGUGGCGCCAUGACACUGGCGCCACUAACGCCGCGUCCUCGCUCAUCGCCUGGGCCAUCACCGCGCUUGCCUUCGGGCUGGCGUGCAAGGAGAUCCACAUCGGAGGGCACCGGGGUUGGAGGCUGCGGGUGCUGGAGGCGUUCAUCAUCAUCCUCGCCUUCACGCAGCUCCUCUACGUGCUCAUGCUCCAUGCCGGCAUCUUCGGUGGCAGCAGCGGCUACAGGGAUCAUGACUACGGUGUCGGUGGCGCCGCCGGUGAGCCCAAGGGCCCCAGGGUCUAAAUCCUGGUCCGCCCUUGUGCAAAGGGUUAGAUAUAUCGUGCUGCAACAAUAACGUAAUACUACUUAUGAAGGGUUGUGUUGUGUGCUGAUGUGUGUAUAUGUACCAUGUCGAUCGUGUUCUCAUGCAUGUUUCUACUCCUAGUUGAGUCAAACCUUGGCCUGUACGGCUGUACAUGUUCGUAGUGUCAAAUGUAAUUUGAAUGCGUCAGUUUCCGCCUGGCGGUGACAUGCAUUGAGAUGAAAUCAUCGUGUGGUGUUGG